UUCAGAACUGAUUUUUCUUGGUCUCCUAGUUAGCUCUUCUUCUUGUCAUGGAGUGUCCUCAUCUCAGCUCCACGGUGUGUGUAGCGAUGGAUCCCACUCGCUUCCCUCACGGUUCACCUUCUUCAUGGUGCUGCAGUGUUUGCCGGUCAAAUAAAAGUCCUUGGGUUUGCCUCACCUGUUUGAAUGUGCAUUGUGGAAGGUAUGUGAAUGGCCAUGCUAAGAAGCAUUUUGAGGAGGUUCACUGUUCAGCAACUGGACAGAAGAAAACUGAGAAGUUUCAACAGCAUUCUGUGUGCAUGGACUGCAGCAGUUAUAGUACAUUCUGUUACCGAUGUGAUGACUUUGUGGUGAACGACACCAAACUGGGCCAGGUGCAGAGGGUGAGGGAGCAUCUUCAGAGUUUGGAAAACUCUGUGAUUAAUUCUGACAGACCAAGGAAAAGAAAACUCUCAGGGAGUUCCUCUCCUGACCUCAGGAUGUCAGCAGAUGGUGUAAGUGAAGGCCCUCCAGCUCGCAGUGCUACUGGCCUCCGCAACUUGGGUAACACGUGCUUCAUGAACGCCAUCCUCCAGUCUCUUGGUAAUAUUCCUGAGUUUAGUUGCUAUUUUAAAGACUUGCCGGCAGUGGCACUGCGGAGCGGAAAAACUGCAGGAAGGAGAAUGUACCACACCCGAAGCCAGGGAGACAGCAGUGUGUCCCUGGUAGAGGAGCUCAGGAAAACCCUUUGUUCCCUAUGGCAGGGAAGUCAGACUGCCUUUAGCCCAGAUGCUCUGUUCUAUGUCAUCUGGAAAAUAAUGCCAAGUUUCAGGGGCUAUCAGCAGCAGGAUGCCCAUGAGUUCUUGCGGUACCUACUGGAUCAUCUCCACAGAGAGCUGCAGGGCAGUAAGAACGGUUUGCCUGGACCUAGCCUGCUCCCAGACAUCCCUAACAUUAACUCAGGAAGCAAAUGCAGCAUUAAUGGGACUCCCACUAUGGUCACUGCUGUAUUUGGUGGUGUCCUGCACAACGAAGUAAACUGCCUGAUAUGCGGCACAGAGUCUAAGAAAUUUGACCCGUUUUUAGACCUCUCCUUGGACAUUCCCAGCCAGUUCAGGGUAAAAAGGACAAAGGACCAGGAACCAGGGCCAACAUGCACUUUGGGUGACUGCCUUUCUAGUUUCACUGACCUGGAGCAACUCGAUGAAACAGAGCUGUACAUGUGCCAUAAGUGUAAAAAACGACAAAAGUCCACUAAGAAAUUCUGGAUCCAGGAACUGCCUAAGGUCCUGUGUUUGCAUCUAAAGAGGUUCCACUGGACAGCUUUUCUAAGAAAUAAAGUUGAUACCUAUGUGGAGUUCCCACUGCGAGGCCUUGACCUGAAGUGCUAUUUACUGGAGUCUGAAAACAGUCUCCCUGACAGUUGCCUGUAUGACCUUGCUGCAGUAGUGGUGCAUCAUGGAUCUGGGGUGGGAUCAGGUCAUUACACAGCGUAUGGUCUUCACGAGGGCUGCUGGUAUCACUUUAACGACAGCACUGUGACUGUAGUCAGUGAAGAGACUGUAGCCAAAGCCAAGGCCUAUAUUCUGUUCUACACAGAGCAGGACAACACGGGCUCCGUGACCAAGCCGAAGCUUUAAUCAGCCUUGCUGUAACAUGAAGCCUUCAGAAUGAUAGUCCAUCUUUCCUGCACACAGUUCCACGCUGAGCUUCAGUUCUUCUUUCACUCAUAGCAUCACCAUCACACCUCAGUAAAAACUAAAUGCUGCUGUGUUUAUUAUAUUAAAACAUUCCUUUCAUUGUUUUUGUACAAAGGCCAUCCUGUGUACUGGUGGACAAUGUUGCAGAAACUGGAUCAGUUGAAAUGACAAAGUGUUGUAAUUGUUUAAUAAUGUGUAUAUCAGAUAUUGGCCACCUCUUCUUUUAACAUUAGAUGCCUUCAGGUUCAUAUAAAGGUUUUUUUGUAACUGAACUAAAUUCGAGUAUUUUUUUUUUACUGCUGUUUGUUGGGAUUGAGGCAUUUCUAACUUAAAACUUGAACAAUCAUAAUUUGUGUAAAGAUGUUAUCUUUUCCUGUUUGUAUUGCACAGGUAUUUUACUUUUACAAACAGUAUCCCCUCAUAAAUCUGAAAGACAUUUGAAGAAAGGGAAAAUGUUGGGGCCAUUACAUUUUGAUCAUACUGUUUUAAUGAGAGUAACCAUAUCUCUUGCUUUUUAAACCUUGAUUCUACCAUCAUGACAUUUUAGCACUCAUGAUUUUAUGUGGUUGUUUAUAGAAGCACUAAAGAGCAAUGCCAGUUAUAAAAAUGUAGUCAGUUUUUUUAAGAACAUGGAGCAUUGAAGUGCAAAAAAUAAUCUGAGAUCUUCACUAACAUUGCAGUGAAGUUGAAUUCUCUCCUAUCUUCAGUUUAGACUGAUCACUUAUUGUCUUUGUUCUGAAUCAGAAAGUGACUACUUUAAACUGUAAUGAAAUUUUUAUGAAAUCCCAGUGUCUCAUGUGAAUCUUGUGAUAGGUAAGAGAAGGGAGGACUUUGUAUUCUCCAAGUGUUUCCUGCUCAUGAAAAUCACCCAUUUCAAAUAAUUAUUUUCAAGAUGAAGUCAUGGGAAUGGUUUAUUAAGUUUUGACAGAUGUGAUAAUGUUUGCUGUAACACUGUGCUUAAAAUGAUGCCUGCAUCAGUAAAUUUUCCAGCAAGUUCCACUUUUACAACAGUCUUGUUGGUCACAUGGUUUUGUAGUUAAGCUUUAUGUUAUCUGUUCUGUUCUGAGAGAAGAUAAAUUGCACAUUUUAAGUGCAGUCAUAAGGGAGGAUGUGUAAUUACAGCCUCAAAGUACAUUUGAAAAUGUGGGUGAGGCAGUAGCCUUUGUUUUGUGUGCAUGCACAUAUGUUUCCUAUGGAACCUUGCCUGUUUAUCAGAUACUGGCAGGUUUGUUUUUUUUCUUGAAUGCAGGACUAAUUUCAAUAUCAAGGUAAAUGGUGACCAGUUUUGAUGAUGUAAACCACUUAAAGCCACUGUACUAGCAAGUGCUCUUGCUGGGCUUUUUCUUUUCCCCCCAUAUCAAACACUUUUCGCCCACGUACCCGGCCUGUAAGGGCAGCGCACAUACAGAGCCUUCUCUAACUACUGGCAGGCGAGACAGAAGCUCUGCUGAACCAAAGAAACAGGGCCUCUUGUGUUCUGAGGAAGAACAACUGCUCACUGAGUCUGGUUUGACCCUCCCCUGCACAUGCACAGGUGCCAGUCUAAGGCUGGAAUAAUAUCCUCAUUAAGUACACAAAUUGAGCAGCUGCCUCCUCCAACAGGCUUUCUUCUCUCUGUCUCUCUAUCCCUCUCUCUCUAUCACCCUUGCCCAGGAGCUCAGGCCACAG